AAUAAUAUUCUUAAAGCGUAAUUUCAGCGAAAAUAUUUAAACAAAUUGUUAAAAUGUUUAAGCAAAUAUUAUAUUUUGAAAUAUAUCAUAGUAUACAAUUAAUUGGAAUUAUUUUAUUAUAUCCUAUUUUUAUUUUAAUUGUUGUUGUUAAUAAAAUCAUAAGAGUUAUAAAAAACAAUGGUUUCGGUUCCAGAAAUAUUCGAGGACAAGUAGCAGUGGUUACUGGUGGUGCACGAGGCUUAGGACGUGACAUUGCAAAAGAAUUGGCUGCCAGAGGAUGUCACAUUGCAAUUGUUGAUAUAAAGGAAAACUUGGCUUUGGAAACGGCGCAGUACUUAACAGAAAUGUAUGAUAUUAAAAGUAAAGCGUACAAGGUAGACGUAAGUAAUUAUGAACAACUUGAGCAGCUAAGAAUCUCAAUAACUGCCGAUCUUGGUGUUCCAACUAUUCUGAUUAAUAACGCAGCUAUUUUGGCAGGUUCGUCAUUGAUAAAUCUUUCCCCCCACGAAGUGAAACAAAUGAUUGAAGUAAAUAUUACUGCCGUGUAUUACAUUCUACAUAUAUUUUUACCCAAAUUAAAGGAACUAAAUCAAGGCUAUAUUGUUAAUAUAUGUUCCUUAUCCGCCCUCGUAACUUCACCACUAUUAAGUGUUUAUGGGACCACUAAAGCAGCUAUACGUUCCUUGAGUUCAGCUCUACGCAUUGAAUUCAUAUUGGAGCGUAAAAAUAUAACUGUUACAACCGUAAUGCCCACAUUUUUAUCAACAAAUAAAACUGUAGAAAAAAUUCAUAUUUUGUCUGGAUUAGGUAAUUUGUUGCCUAAAAUGGAGGGUGAAGUUUGUGCGAAGUAUGCGAUCAACGGUAUGUUGAAUGGUAGUCGGGAAAUUGCAGUGCCUUCUGUAAUGCUCUACAUGUAUAAACUUUUGGAGAUUUUACCAGUUCUUGUUAAGGAGUUGUUUUCAGCAGUUAUUGUCAGUAAAAAUUUCAAAACUAUGAAAAACUCUGCAAAAAUAGCCGAAGUUUUAAAUAAAAGAGAUUAAAUUGUA